AUGAGCGGUGAACGGUUGUGGUACGUGAUGCGUGCGCUGCUCGCACUGUUACUGCUGGUGAGCUUAUCAUCCGGUGCGAACCAGGCCCGGGGUAAGUAUGAGCCAAAUCCACUAUUCAUCCACUGGGGCGUGUACGCGGUACCGAGCUUCGGUUCCGAGUGGUUCUGGAUCAACUGGCAGGGCAGCAAAACCGAGAGCUACGUCCAGUUCAUGCGUGACAACUACAAGCCCGGCUUCACGUAUCAGGACUUUGCGAGCGAUUUCACGGCCGAACUGUUCAAUGCGACCGAAUGGGCGGAUCUGUUCGAGCGUUCCGGUGCCCGGUACGUGGUACUGACCAGCAAACACCACGAGGGUUACACUCUGUGGCCAUCGAAGCAUGCGUUCGGUUGGAACGCACUCGAUGUCGGUCCUCACCGGGACAUUGUUGGUGAGCUGGCCGGUGCAAUCCGCAACAGAACCGGGCUCACCUUCGGUGUUUACUAUUCACUGUUCGAGUGGUUCAACCGGCUGUACACCGAUGAUAAGCUGCACGCAUUCAUGAAGCGCGAGUACGUCGAUGGUAAGGUGUGGCCCGAGCUCCAGGAGCUGAUCAACACGUACCGGCCGGAGGUGCUGUGGAGUGAUGGUGAUUGGGAGGCACCGGAUGGUUACUGGAAGGCGAAAGAGUUCUUCGCCUGGCUCUACAACGAUAGCCCAGUCCGGGACACGAUCGUGACGAACGAUCGGUGGGGCAUGGGAACACUGUGCCUGCACGGUGACUUCCACACUUGCUCCGAUCGCUACAACCCCGGUGUAGUGCAGAAACACAAAUGGGAGAACGCACUGACGAUCGACAAGCAAAGCUGGGGCCACCGGGCCAAUGCCCGGCUGGAGGACUUUCUGACCAGCGAUGAGCUGAUCGGUGAGCUCGUGACCACCGUCAGCUGCGGUGGGAAUGUACUGAUCAACGUGGGACCAACGAAGGCCGGCACGAUCGAUCCGAUCUUUGCCGAGCGGCUCGUCGCUAUGGGACGCUGGCUGAAGGUAAACGGUGAGGCCAUCUACAAGAGCCAACCGUGGACAUACCAGAACGAUACACUCACCGGAAGCACCUGGUACACGAUGGGGAAACCGCAACGGAUCCGUUCGUCGGGGCGCGAUGCUCACUUUACCACGGUGUACGCGAUCGUGCUCGAGUAUCCGUACAAAACGAACAGCGUGCAGCUCGGUGCCUUCAGCAACCAGGUCACGAAGAUCGUGCAAAUCACGAUGCUCGGUUAUGCGACGCAGCUUAAGUGGAAACCGAGUGCCGAUGGGAUUGUGGUGGAGUUUCCGGUUAAGAAUGAGAUCGAUCGGCUUAAGCUACACCACGCCUGGACCCUCAAGCUCACGCUCUCGUCCCGGUGGCCUUAGCUGGCCUUAGCGGUUGCGGCGCGUCGCCCUGCCCUGCUCUGGAUUCGGAAGCCGCGGCUAAUUAGGAUCCCACCGCGGACCGUACCGGAGCUGCCGAAGGGCACUUUAAUUGGAGGCAAUAAACCGUGCAUUAUGCAAUGUAAACAACGUC